AUGAGGUACCUGAAGAAGUGCAGACUACUCUGCUGCGUAUAUCUUCUCGUGGCGGCGAUCGGAACACUGGCCUUGAGGAAGAACAAAGUUGAUGGGGGUGCCAUGGACAUACAAGGGAAGGCUAACAUAGGAGAAGUGAAGAAGAAUGGAACGGUGAUGAACCAAGCAAGUACCAAUGCGUGUAGUGGUAAUUACAACAAAACUGGUGGAGGGGGGGAGUGUCCAAUGGAUGCAUCAACAGGCAGUGCAGUAGAACAGAAGGAACAGAAGCAAGACGUGGAGGUGGAGAAGGUGCAGAAGGAUGUUUCGAAUACAAAGAGCACUCUGGACAAUAUCGUGAUCCCGGAAGAUGCAUUCGAAAGUGCCAAAAAGUUAUGCGAGUUUGUAGUAAUAAAAGGUGAGGAAUUUAAAGAAUUCUGCAAGCAGUCCAUUUUUUUCAAAGAAAUUCAGUUUCUAAAAGAGAAGGAUCCAAAUCUGUAUGCACAGAUAGCAGGUGAAUCUUAUGAGAACGAAAAUACUUCUAGCUUCCAGGUCCUUAAGGAUGAAGGAGAUAAGAAAAUCGUAAUGGAGGACGACAAACAUAAUCCGAAAAUAUCCAUUCUUUUUUUAUUUCAAAAAAUGUGCGUUGGGGGAAUCCCUCUGGCGUGUACUAACAUACUCAAGGUGGACAACGUGUUUGACGUCAAUCAGAAUGAGAAACUGGAAGAGGGAAAUGCAGACAAGGCACAAGCAGACGAUGUGGAAGGUGAAAUAACGGGUGCGGUGGAGCAGGAUGGAAGCCAAGGGGUAUCAGAAAGCGUCACAGAUUUGACCGAGGAGGACAGUUAA